CUCUCUCUCCCGCAGUGUGUGGAGCCCGGAGCCGCAGCAUCAUUGCACCAGGAGGGUACCUUCAGUCGGAUACUCUGAGUGACAGCACCGAUAUACAGACCAGCAAGACAUUGGUGAAUCCUUCCAGGCGGCGAAGAACACUGAAGAACACUUACAGGUCGAGUGGGAGAUCGGACCGCUCCAAUCCAACAGAGGCUGCCCACCACUGAGGGGGGGCAAGUCAAAAGCAUGAGUUCAUGCAGCACAGAUGUUAAGGAAAAUCGGAACUUGGACAACCUCUUCUCCAAAGAGGGGGUUGCGGCUGAGGCUGCUCAACUCCCCAAUGGGAGUGCUGGGGGUGGGAGGAAACGUCCCUUAGAGGAGGGCAAUAAUGGGCAUGCACAUUCCAAGUACAAGCCCAAGAAGCGUAAGAAAAUCCCCGGGCCCAUUCUGCCUAAGAACGCCCUGAUGCAGCUGAAUGAGAUCAAGCCGGGGCUGCAGUACAAACUGCUCUCUCAGACCGGGCCGGUCCACGCUCCCGUCUUCGUGAUGACGGUGGAGGUCAACGGGCAGUUCUUCGAGGGCGCUGGUUCCACCAAGAAGAAGGCCAAGCUGAACGCAGCAGAGAAAGCCCUGCGCUCCUUCGUCCAGUUCCCCAACGCCUCUGAGGCCCACAUGGCCAUGGGCCGGACUCUGUCUGUCCACACGGACUUCACCUCGGACCAGGCCGACUUCCCAGACAUGCUCUUUAACGCCUUCGAGACAUCCCCCCCCGCAGAUGACCCCUUUUAUCUCACGUCCAACAGCAACGGUUCCUUCAGCUCUUUGGGAGUCGAGUACCCGUUGCUCCCCUCCCCCGUCCCGAACCUGAUCCAGGCCCCCUUACCUCCAGUCCCCUCUACCUACAUGUCCCCUACAAGCGGCAAGAACCCUGUCAUGAUCCUCAACGAGUUGCGGCCGGGCCUCAAGUACGACUUUGUGUCAGAGAGCGGGGAGAGCCACGCCAAGAACUUUGUCAUGUCGGUGACGGUGGACGGGCAGAACUUCCAGGGUUCUGGGCGGAACAAGAAGCUGGCCAAGGCCCGGGCGGCGCAGGCUGCUCUGUCCGCUCUGUUCAACAUGCAGCUGGACCAGGCCCCGUCCAGACAGCCCAUACCCAGAGAGGGACUGCAGCUGCACCUGCCUCAGGUUCUGGCAGACGCCGUCUCCCGCCUGGUCGUCGACAAGUUCGGCGAACUGACGGACAACUUCACGUCGCCGCACGCUCGGCGGAAAGUUUUGUCAGGUGUCGUCAUGACAACAGGUGCCGAUGUGAAGGAGGCUCAGGUGAUCUGCAUUUCCACGGGGACAAAGUGCAUCAACGGUGAAUACAUGAGCGACAGAGGGCUGGCUCUCAAUGACUGCCACGCUGAGAUCGUGGCUCGCCGCUCGCUCAUCAGGUUCCUGUACUCGCAGCUGGAGCACUUCCUCAGUAACCACGAGGAGGAGCAGCAGAAGUCCAUCUUCAUCCGGUGUGACAGCAUACAGGGCUUCAGACUGAAGGAGAACGUGCAGUUCCACCUGUACAUCAGCACGUCCCCGUGUGGAGACGCUCGCAUCUUCUCCCCGCAUGAGGCCGGAGUAGAGGAUUAUGGGGAUAGACACCCGAACAGAAAGGCCCGGGGACAACUGCGCACUAAGAUCGAGUCUGGAGAGGGAACCAUCCCGGUGCGCUCCAGCAACACCAUCCAGACGUGGGACGGGGUCCUGCAGGGGGAGAGGCUGCUCACCAUGUCCUGCAGCGACAAGAUCGCCAGGUGGAACGUGGUGGGGUUCCAAGGCUCUCUGAUGAGCUACUUCACGGACGCCAUCUACUUCUCCAGCAUCAUCCUGGGCAGCCUGUACCACGCGGACCACCUCUCCAGGGCCAUGUACCAGAGGGUGACGGAGAUGGAGGAGCUGCCCCCGUCGUUCAGCCUGAACAAGCCGCUGCUCAGCGGUAUAAGUAACGCGGAGGCUCGUCAGCCGGGGAAAGCUCCGAACUUCAGCGUGAACUGGACGGUGGGGGACCCGGGGCUGGAGGUGAUCAACGCCACCACGGGGAAGGACGACCUGAGCAGACCCUCCAGACUCUGUAAGCACGCCCUGUUCGGACGCUGGCAGCGCCUGCACUGCAAGCUGUCCUCCACGCUGCGGAUCAGCGCGCCGCGGCCCGUCAGCUACAGCGACGCCAAGCUGGCGGCGGUGGAGUACCACGAUGCCAAGCAGUCGCUCUUCAAAGCCUUCCACAAGGCGGGCCUGGGCGCCUGGGUGAAGAAACCCAUCGAGCAGGACCUGUUCUCUCUCAACACUUGAGACAGGAAACAGACUGCUGCUUCACUUCCUGUACGGGGAAUCCUCCGUGUGCGUCCUCAUGGACUGGUCUGAAGCUCUAUAGCUCCUCCCUCUGCCAGCACAAAUUUAUGCAACUUUAAAUAUGUAAAAACAGACAUUGGGAAUGGAAACUCUUUAGCACUUGUUUGUAUAAAAAUAGGGAUGUAUUUCUUUUGCAUGUGUGAUUAUACCAAAUUGAUUCAGUAGAAGGUUUGUCAUCGUGUGUCUGUGUUGUGAUACGUUGGAAAGGUCCUCCUAAGGGUUGUUUCUGCUUUGCUGCAGUUCUUACAAACAUAUUUCCAUUCUUCUCAGAAGUCUAGAAUGACAGGAAAUACUUUAAAAUGCGAUUCUACAGAUCCCCAACAUGUGGAGUCCCAAUCCUGCAACAUUAGGAAGGCAUGCAUGUGAAUGUGUCUGUGAAAUAACACACAGCUUCCUGUUUUAAAGGCUUUUUCAACAGCUACAUUUGGUCUAGGUGUACCUGAUGGGAGCCAAGGGGAAAACACCAUGUUUGUAUGUAAUGUAUUAAAAGGAGCAUUGUGUUAUUUCUCCUUUAAAAGUUACACAGUGUCAUUUUAAAAGUGACGGCACUAUAAGGAUGGAUUAAAGUGGAAUCAUAAUACAUUAGUUUUUUAAGGUCAUAUACCUUCACUUUUUUCACAAUACAAAAAAAUAUCAGGUCAUUUUGAUUUGGUUUGCAGUAAAAACACGAGGUAUCCAUCGAGUUUAAAACACAUAUUUAAAUAGUACCCCAGCACAUUAAACGGAACAAACAUGAACAAUCAAAUAAAUAAACAAUAAAUGAAUAGGUGUUGCUUUCACAGCAUCUACGUGUCAAGGAACAUCAAUUAACAAGUGAUAACAUAUAUUUUUAUAUUACUUCACUCUGUAGAAAUUGAGAAUAGAUAUGUGUCAUUUAAGCUCUCUGAAACGGUGUCACAACUUUCUCUGGACUGUUUAGUUGUUCCUAUGUGAUGUCAUGAUGCAUUUGAGUACGAUUAGCCUCUUUCACAUCCGACAAACCAAUUAAACUCUCUAGUCGUGUUGCACUAGAUCAGGGUCAUGACCCUUAUGCAAUGAAACUCAACAGCAGUGAUGGUCCAUAUGCAGCGAUGCAGGAGUGAUGUCACUGUCACCACCAGUAAAAGCUCACCAAAGAUGUCAGCAGAUGACACUUUUUUUAUUUUCUCUCUUGUUUUACACUCAUUCAGAUGUACUUUUUUAUUCCUGUGAUCUGCCUCUAUGUGGUGUUGAUGUGUGAUGUUCAACUCUUUCAAACCAAACAGACCUGUGUCCUCCAAAGCACCAAAAUGAUCUCUACUCCAUGUCCUGAUCUAGCUUGUAUUUAGAACUGUGUUUUUAAUGUUGUAAAUUCCUUUUUCUGUCAUUUUUAUUUGCUGUUAAUCUCCUCCAAACACACACAGGGCAUACUUAACCAGUUGUUUUCUUUUUAAAUCUUCCUGCUUCUAUGUAUUGCUGAAAAUGUGUCUGACCUUUGAGCAUGUGCAGACCUGUUCCUGGCUCCAGAUUGGGCCCUCUGGGUUUUUAGAGGGGUUUCCAAAGGGAGAAACUGUUAUUUCUCUCCAUUGCCUGUGAGGUAAAGCUGGAGUGAACGGUGCACAUGUUGGUGCUGGGUGAGCCUCACUACUUUACAUGAACAGAUGUGGGGCCUGAUGCAUGAGCUCCGCCUGUAAAGCAUGAGAACUAUGAAUAUAAAUAUGUAGAGUCAAGUCACUGAGCUAGAGAUUUAAUAAAAUGCUGUUACAGUCA